GUAGUUUAUUUCCACCCCCUUUCCUCCUGUUCUCUCUCUCGCUUUCUUUUUUUUUCCGCCCUAGCUGGGGCUGUGUUGGAGGAGAGGAAGAAAGAGAGACAGAGGAUUGCAUUUGUCCCUUACGUUCUUGCAAUUUGCUACCAGCAAGGCCAGCUAAGCGGUUGUACCUUUUUCAAUUCUGCAAAAAAAAAAAAAAAAAAAAAAAAAAAAAAAAAAAGAAAAUACCAAGUCCCCUUCCCGGGCAAUUGUUUGCUUUAAAGCUGCCCUCUUGAAAUUAUUUUUUUUCCAAGGAGAGAGAUGUCUUAUCAGGGGAAGAAAAAUAUUCCACGCAUCACGAGUGACCGUCUUCUUAUCAAAGGAGGUAAAAUUGUUAAUGAUGACCAGUCGUUCUAUGCAGACAUAUACAUGGAAGAUGGGUUGAUCAAGCAAAUAGGAGAAAACCUGAUUGUGCCAGGAGGGGUGAAGACCAUCGAAGCCCAUUCCAGAAUGGUGAUCCCUGGAGGAAUUGAUGUCCACACUCGCUUCCAGAUGCCUGACCAGGGAAUGACGUCUGCGGAUGACUUCUUCCAAGGAACCAAGGCAGCCCUGGCUGGGGGAACCACCAUGAUCAUCGACCAUGUUGUUCCUGAGCCUGGGACAAGUCUGCUGGCCGCCUUCGACCAGUGGCGGGAGUGGGCUGACAGCAAGUCGUGCUGCGACUACUCUCUGCACGUGGACAUCACCGAGUGGCACAAGGGUGUCCAGGAAGAGAUGGAAGCACUGGUGAAGGACCAUGGGGUAAAUUCCUUCCUUGUGUACAUGGCUUUCAAAGAUCGCUUCCAGCUAACGGAUUGCCAGAUAUAUGAAGUGUUGAGUGUGAUCCGGGAUAUUGGUGCCAUAGCCCAAGUCCACGCAGAAAAUGGUGACAUCAUUGCAGAGGAGCAGCAGAGGAUCCUGGACCUGGGCAUCACGGGCCCUGAGGGACAUGUGCUGAGCCGGCCUGAGGAGGUCGAGGCCGAAGCCGUGAAUCGUUCGAUCACCAUCGCCAACCAGACUAACUGCCCCCUGUACGUCACCAAGGUCAUGAGCAAGAGUGCGGCUGAGGUCAUCGCCCAGGCCCGGAAAAAGGGAACCGUGGUGUACGGCGAGCCCAUCACCGCCAGCCUGGGCACCGAUGGCUCCCACUACUGGAGCAAGAACUGGGCCAAGGCGGCUGCCUUCGUCACCUCCCCACCCCUGAGCCCCGAUCCAACGACUCCAGACUUCCUCAACUCACUGCUGUCCUGUGGAGACCUGCAGGUCACCGGCAGUGCCCAUUGCACCUUCAACACGGCCCAGAAGGCGGUAGGAAAGGACAACUUCACCCUGAUUCCAGAGGGCACCAAUGGCACUGAGGAGCGGAUGUCUGUCAUCUGGGAUAAGGCUGUGGUCACUGGGAAGAUGGACGAGAACCAGUUUGUGGCUGUGACCAGCACCAAUGCAGCCAAAGUCUUCAACCUCUACCCUCGGAAGGGCCGCAUUGCUGUGGGCUCCGACGCUGACCUGGUCAUCUGGGACCCUGACAGCGUUAAAACCAUCUCUGCCAAGACACACAACAGUGCUUUGGAGUACAACAUCUUUGAAGGCAUGGAAUGCCGUGGCUCUCCACUGGUGGUCAUCAGCCAGGGCAAGAUUGUCCUGGAGGACGGCACUCUUCAUGUCACCGAAGGCUCUGGGCGCUACAUUCCCCGGAAGCCCUUCCCUGAUUUUGUUUACAAGCGUAUCAAGGCCAGGAGCAGGCUGGCAGAGCUGAGAGGGGUCCCUCGCGGCCUGUAUGAUGGACCCGUGUGCGAGGUGUCUGUGACGCCCAAGACGGUCACUCCAGCCUCCUCAGCUAAGACAUCUCCUGCCAAGCAGCAGGCCCCCCCUGUCCGGAACCUGCACCAAUCUGGAUUCAGCUUGUCUGGUGCUCAGAUCGACGACAACAUCCCCCGCCGCACCACCCAGCGCAUUGUGGCGCCCCCUGGUGGCCGUGCCAACAUCACCAGCCUGGGCUAGAGCGUCUGCACAGCGCCGUCCAUUUGGGGAUGGGGAUGGGAUACCCGAGGACUUCUGAGACUUCUUUCCUUCCUUCCUUCCUUUUUUUUUUUUUAAGAGCCUGUGAUAGUUACUGUGGGGCAGCCAGUUCCCGGGGCUCCCUCGUGGGCCCCGCUCUCCGCCUCUCAUCUGGACUUUCUCUUUGCUCACCCACUCCCCACACAUCCACGACUCUCACACCCGAGCCCAGCCACCAACCCACACACGGAGCUGCACCCAACACUCAGACAUGCGAGACAGCACAUCACGGCGAGGCUGGUCGCCAUCUCGAACCUCGCUUGUACCCAUUAGCACCUUCCUUUUCUUCGGGGAAGAUACAGUGAAUUGCCCAGAGCUGCCUUUUUCUUUUUUAAAAAUUUUAAGCACAUUUUCUUUGUGGGGGCUGGGAGGGGUAGGGUCGGGGGUGGGGGGAGAGGGUUUUUUUUUUUUUAAUACUAAAUUGGAAAGUGUCACUGAAUAUUCAUACAAGGGGCUUGAACUGGACAUCCUAAUGAUGCAAUUACAUAACUAAGAGCUGACUCAGGGUGGUUGGCAAACUCAUCACAUCCGUCCUGAGAGGCUCCAAAAUCCACAUCGCCAUUCCGUAGUCUUCUGGGUCAACUGUGGAUAAGGGGCAGGUUUUCUUUUUUGGCCUAGACCUUGCUGCAGAUUAAAUCUUUUUGAGGAUUCUCUGCUCUCUUCACCAUUUCUCGGCACAUGUGUUCUCUCUCUCUCUCUCUAGCUUUUUCGUUCAUAAAUAUUUUCAAAUGCCUGUCUCUUUCUUUGUGUUUCCUCCAGCCCUUGUCUCUGAGACAGUAUUCUUUUCUCCCUCCCCUGUGGUGUUCUCAAAUCACCAGGUCCACCCUCCUAACUAUGGUCACAGAGUUUGCCUGCAGGAUUUGAGCUUUGCCAUCACUACCACGUCAUACGUUAGCCUAGCCCAUGAGUGGCUGGUGCGACCUGCCCGCCAUCAUGGGGAGCUGCAAGUGAGUUUGAGAGACUUGCCAGGUGCAGGGACGGGCUAAGUUGUCUCCCCCACACUCUCACACGUGGGCCCAGAAUUAACCACAAACAGUGCUGAGAUAUUGCAAAAGUCUGAGGCUGCAGAACGUGAGAGUUUUAACUCUGUGCAAUGCUAACUGGUCAGAGCUGUGCACAGAGCCCCAGUGACCCAACCAUGCCAACCGACGUUGAGCCAAGCCCCAGCUCAGGAGUGCUAAGCUCGUGGGAGUGUGGCCUGUGUUUAGGCAAGGCCAGUUAAGUAUCUUUUGGGAUGAUAUUUCCAGAAUGCACUGGGGCUUCUCACGUUGGGGAAAAAUCUCAUUUUUUUUCCAUGUCCAGUUAUUUCAAAAGACAAUGCAAUAUAGGGAGGCCUUAGAAACUCAGAAAAUGUUUUGGAUAUUUGACUUAAAGUCCAUUUUACUUGCAAGAGGAAGAAUCUGUUGUGUGAGGGAUACAUCACUUUGGAACUGUUGUGAGCAGAAAGCCUUACACAGUCAACGUGUGGCCCCCUUAGAGACCACAGGCGACCUGGUGUCUCCCUCCUUCUCCUUGUCUCAGAGAACUUUCCUCGCUAGCUGGCUCUGUUGUGCUUGUCACUGCCGACUUGUGUUACGUUUCUUUCCAGAUGUGUUUACAGGUUCUCUUCAGCAAUGUUAGGUGUGCAGCUUUUAUAAAACCAGGUCUGCUUUUGUAAAGCACAGACAGCAUCAACAAGCAGGUCAUUGCACCCUUCCCUCGUCUCUGCACACAUUUUGCCUUGGUGGUUAUAGUUUUAUGUUGUUUUUGUGUAUUUGUUAUGUUAAAGGUAAAUUGCACUUUUAAAAAAUAAUUGGUUGACUUAAUAUAUUUGCUUUUUUUUUUCUCACCUGCUCUUAGAGGAAAUUUGAACAAGUUGGAAAAAAAAAUUUUUUUUGUUUCAAUUCUCAGAAACGCAGCUCUUCAGUGUUCACUUGGGUCUUCCUGUUUUUCCUGUACCAGGUCAUGGUCAUUUUGGUCGUUUUGGUUGUUUUCUUAAAAUGCAGUUUAAACCCGACGAUUUCUGCAGGCUGUGUAAGCAUGUCUACCUGUUGGCUUGCUCUAUAUGUCUGUUAAAUGAAUGUCAUAUGUAAAUGCUAAAAUAAAUCGACAGUGUCUCAGAACUGAAUAACUGCAGUGACUUGAUGCUCUAAAAUGUGUAGGAUUUAAUCAUAGCUGGUUUUUAACCCUUAAAUUGUGAUUGUGACCCAUGAGUGGAGGAACUUUCAGUGCUAAAGCCGAUAAUGUGUGUAGCCAGAAGAGUGCUUUUUUUUUUUUUUUUUGUAACCACUGUCUUAACGGCAAAAUAAUUAUGGUAAAAAACAAGUCUCGUGUUUAUUAUUCCUUAAGAACUCUGUGUUAUAUUUACCGUGGAACGCCUAAUAAAGCAAAAUGUGGUUGUUUCA